CAUUUGUCCAACUUAAGAAGGAAUUCCUAAGUUGAUUGGAAUCCUGUCAAGAGCUCACGAUAACGCUUAUCAACGAUAUUUACUUCCUCAAAUCACCGCAUUGUGAUCAUAAACAAUGUCACACACCGGCGACAAUACGGCUAACCGGCCAAAUUUGGUCACUUUAUCAGAUAUCGAAAGAGCACAUAAACGAGUAACAGCAUACGUUCAUCGAACGCCAUUAUUAACUUCAACUUUGAUCGAUGAAAUUGCAACAAAUUCAAUCAAUGCAUUCCUCAAAAAAGAUGAUGUACAAUCAAACACACCGCCCGUUCGUGUUCGGCUAGCAUUCAAAUCAGAACAUUUGCAAAAAGUAGGAGCGUUCAAAAUGAGAGGUGCAACAAAUGCAGUGCAAACGUACCUUGAACAGUCAACCGCCAAUGCCACAUUUGAUGCUUCAAAGUUGUGUGUAAUCACACAUUCGAGCGGUAAUCAUGCUGCAGCUGUUGCUUGUGCGGCCAGAAGUGUGGGUGCAAAAGCUGUUGUCGUAAUGCCAAGGACGGCACCACAAGUCAAAAAGGAUGCAGUUGCAGGAUAUGGAGCACAAAUACACGAAUGUGAACCAACACAAAAAGCUCGCGAAGCACUUGCAAAUUCUUUGAUGGAUUCCUUACAAAAAGAAAAUUCUGAAAGAAUCGUACGUUUCAUUCAUCCUUAUGAUGAUGAAUUAGUCAUUGCCGGUCAAGGAACUUUGGCUCUUGAGAUGUGGCAGCAAGUACAUGCACUUGAACAGACGAAGAGAGGAUGUUCGGAGGCACAAUCUGUGGCUGGCACACCACGAGAUGAUGGCUCUAGAUGGAAAGAAAGGGAUGCAAAGCAGGAGCCGGUAUUGGACAUCGUUGUUGCACCUGUUGGUGGUGGUGGUAUGCUUAGUGGAGUUUCAACGGCAAUCAAAGGUAAAGAUGAAAGGAUACAAGUCAUUGCAGCUGAACCAAAAGAAGCAGAUGAUGCAGCCCGUACAUUCCAAUCCGAUACCCUUCAACCUGCCAUCACACCUCCCAGAACGAUCUGUGAUGGUUUAUUGACUGCAUUAUCACCAUUCACAUACAAACACAUCAAGAAGAACGUUUCUACAAUCUUGACUGCAACCGAAGCUCAGAUAAAAGACGCACUUCAGCUAAUAUGGACAAGAAUGAAACAAUUCAUCGAACCUAGUGCAGCUGUUGGACUGGCUAUCAUUCUUCAUAAUCCAGAAGUAGCAAAACAGAUAGGCAAGAUUGCCCAAGAAAAGACAAAGAAUAAUGCCACACAAGAACCGGUUGAGAUUCGAAUCGGUGUGGUAUGGACAGGGGGCAAUGUGGAAUUAGCAAGUAUCGCAAAAUUAUUUGCAAAUGACGAAUAAUCACAGACAAACAAGUGUAUAAUAAAUAGAAACAUGAUUAAUUGAUCAUUUGUUGUAUGAAUGCUAAUGGAACAAUUGUUUCGAGUGAA